GGAAUAUCAGCUGAAAUAAUGUUCAUCCAGGUUUUUUUUGUAGAUAAUGAAAAUAUAUGUUAGUAUUGAUGAAAUAUCCAAACUUAAAUAUAUCCUUAAGUUUCUGUAAAAAUUAUUUUAUGUCAAUACCAUAAUGUUAUGAUACUUUUCUUGCCCUCUAAAGUUGAAAAAUUUUUGGCACCCCCUGCAUAAUGUACUUAAUGUACUAACCUGUAGCUGGUGUAAUGGAGUGUAUAUUUCAUUUAUAGUGGACUCACUUAUCAGAUGAAUCACCUGCAAAUGUUAGUUACAAAUUUUAGUUGGUAUAUGAGAUCAACAUGGGCGGAUCAAACUCAAAGGAAAGUUACAAUAUUGAUGCGGACCAGGAGCAUACUGUUUCAAAGAAAUGUAUUGAGCGAUCCUUCUCAAGUGAUGUUAAUGAAAUAGAAUGUGAAUAUGCUGAAAUGAUGACUGAACUUAAAGCGAGAAAUUAUGACAAUGAGAAUCUUGUCUUGGAAGGAGGGGGUACUAAAGGUCUGGCCUACUGUGGGACAAUUACUCUUCUAGAGGAACUGGAUAUCAUUAAGAACUUAAAGAGGUUUGCAGGAGCGAGUUCUGGUGCAAUGUUGGCGACUCUCUUAGCUGUUGGUUUCUCAGCUGCAGAGUUGGAGGUCAUCGUUAGGAGGGAUGCAAGAAGCAGUGAGUUUUUCCAAGAUGCGAAAUUUGGGAUACUCUCCUUACCAUGGAACAUGAUCAAACACCAAGGCUGGCAUCCAUAUAACAAAAUUGAGAGUCAGUUUGAACUUUACAUUGAAGAAAAACAAGGGAAGCGCAAACUAACUUUCUUAGAGCUGUACCAAAAGACGGGGAAAGAGUUGUGCAUUAUUGCGACAAAUUUGACAACAUCGAGUGUGGAAUAUUUCCAUCCAAAGACCACACCUAAUGUAUCAAUAGCUCUUGCUGUAAGAAUAUCUAUUGGAAUACCUGGUUUUGUUCAACCAAAAGUUGUGGAAAAAAAUGGCCUGAAUCAUUGUUACAUCGAUGGCGGAGUACUCUGCAACUACCCAAUACACUGCUUCGAUGGUUGGUACCUAUCAAUGGAUCCCAAGGACAGCUUUUUCAGGAAACUUGAAAACAUGACUAGCACAAACAAAGAACACACAUUUGGGGGAAACAAUGACAAAACACUAGGACUUCUUUUAUAUUCUGGUGAUGAAUCUGAAUUUAUGAUGCAAGCCUUUGAGGAAAGGUCUGCCCCAAUUGUACGACCAAAUACUAAACUUGCCAGAAAGAAUGGCAAAAUCAUUGAUGAGCACAAAGUGAGAGAGCAAAAAAGAAUCAAAAUCUUUGAAGCUGCUAAGAAUUUUUGGAUGGUUCUAAGAAGCAAUGAUGUGGAUGGCAGUAACACAAUUGACAUCCAUGAGCUACAACAGGCUAUAGAGCAUAGUGACUUCAAGGAACAUCAUGCCAAGGCUCUCUUUGGUGACACUCCACUGAGCACUAUAUUCAAAGAAAUGGACAUUAAUGGAGACGGAGAGGUAACAUUCGAUGAAUUCAUAACAUUCAUGGAGAAGAAAAGUGUACAUUUCAUGUGCUACAUGCAGAACAUGUCAGUCCAAGAUGAUACAAACACGAUAGGUGGAUUUCUGUCCGCCUUUCAGGGAAUGUUGGACAUUAAUCUGAAAAAACUAUAUAUGAAAAGUACUGAUGUGGCGAGGACCAUUGGAAUAAACACAGACUAUGUAAAGACAACUGAUAUGGUAUAUGGACUGGAUGUGAAAGAUCAAGACUUCCUUGUUGCAUGCGGCAAAGCUUCUGCCCUACAGUUCUUUCAAAUGAAGUCCAUGUCAAAUAUAAAUGUUCAACAUUGACAUUUUAGUAAAAUGCUCUCUGGAUAUUAUAUAUAUAUUAACUCUCUUUAGAUAUUUGUGUGAUUAUUAUUAGUUUUAUUGGUGUAAUUAUAUGGUAUAUACUGUACAUAUGUUUCAUACAUUAUAAUAUGAUAAAAGUGUUCUUAAAAUAAUAUUUUUUGUGAUUUGCAAUCGGUAACAGAAAAAGGCCAAAUAGGUUAUUUCGGACAAUUUCAAAUUGUUAUAUCUUGGAUUAUGACUUUUUAUGUCACCACCAAAAAGUGGUGACAUAUUGUUAUGGUCUCCAUUUUUGUGACGGCCGUUGGGAUUGACAGUUGGCGGGUGGUGGUUGGUGGUUUGCGGUUGGUGUCUGUAACUAAUUCUAAAAACUUCCAAUAACUUAUCACAUACUGUUGAGACUGAUUUCAGUUUUUUCAACAUCAUCUUCAAGUUUUCAGAUGUUCAACUCUGACUUUUUAUUUAAGAUCUAACCUUCAGUGACGUUUUCAAGGUAAAAAAGGUCUCUUUUCAA